CUUCCAUUUGGCUCUAAUGAUCUCACAGGGGACUCCAAUGAUGCUGAUGGGAGAUGAAUACGGCCACACACGGGAGGGCAAUAACAACAGUUAUGGACAUGAUAAUGCAAUGAAUAAUUUUCAGUGGCACCAGCUUGAUGCCAGGAAAAAGAAUCACUUUAGGUUCUUUGCAGAGUCGAUAAAGUUUCGCCGAAAACAUUCUGUAUUGGGACGCGACCAAUUUCUUGAAAAGAAUGAUGUUACCUGGCAUGAGGAUAACUGGGACAACCAUGAGAGCAAGUUCCUCGCAUUUACGAUCCAUGAAAGGGAUCAUGGGGCUGAUAUUUACGUAGCAUUUAAUGCACAUGAUUAUUUUGUUAAAGCUCUUAUACCUUCACCUCCUCCUAAUAGGCGAUGGCUCAGAGUGGUGGACACCAAUCUUGAAUCUCCAGAUGACUUCGUUCCUGAAGGAAUUCCAUUUACUGGAGAUACCUAUAAUGUUGCACCCUAUUCAUCAAUUCUUUUUGAAGCCAAGCCGUGAAUCCCAAGUUACCAGGUGGAUGUCUGUUUGAGAUUCGCUCCAAUAUCAGUGCUUCAGUAAGAUCAGAAUUUUAACGUAGUACUACUAGAUCGACUAGUUAAUUUAUUAACAUGUUUAGUUGAAUAUGAAAAUUUCAAUAGAUAAGCUUUACUAACAUGUUAUUUUUAUCAUUAAACUCGGAUUUUCCUUUUUCUGUCAUCUGAGAAAGCAAAGAUGCUAUGGUCCUACUGUUA